CUACAUUUGAGACUAGCAGCAACACACAUACAGAAGAAUCAUACUCCCACCAAUUUGAUUCUUCUGUAUUAGAACACAUAAAAAAGAAAUCCUUCCCAUCCAAAUUUAUUAUUAAGACAAAAGAAAAAUAAGAAACAAAAUCCCCAUCAUGGGGAAAUUUUGUUGUUGCAACUGUAUCUUUAGUUGUGUUUGCGCAUGCAUUUUUCAGAUAUUAUGCGCCAUCAUAGUGAUCUUUGGCAUCAUUGUUCUAGCCAUUUGGCUCAUUUGGAGGCCCAACAAGAUCUAUUUCCACGUCGCGGAUGCAUCAUUGGCCAAAUUCGAUUUUUCCCCUUCAACCAACACCCUUGAUUAUGACCUCAACCUAAGCUUUGACAUUAGAAACUCCAAUGAAAAGCUCGGGGUUCACUUUGACUUUAUCGAGGCCAAGACCACUUUCCAUCAUAGAAGAUUCGCUACCACCAAUCUUGAAUCGUUCUAUCAGGAGCCUAGGAACACCACCACUUUGCACCCAGUGAUCAAGGGACAAAGCGCGGUUGAAUGGGGAAGUAGUGAGAAAUCGGAUUAUGAGGACGAGAAGAAAAAUGGAGCUUUCGAUAUUUACACAGUGUUUUCCAUGCGCAUUAGGCUCAAAUCAGGUUGGAUCACAACGGGGGAGCUUAAAUUUCUUGUUGGCUGCUCACUGAAGGUUCCCUUGAAGUCAGAUAAGAUAUCGUCUUCUACUUUUGAGAGAACUACGUGCAUUCCCCUACCUAAUUGGACGAAAUCUUAAUUAAUUAAUUUUGGAACUUAUUUCUUU